CAGUGGGGAAGUACAUCUGGUGGUUCCGCAUCCUCGCACCGCCCCGGACCCUAACCGGAGAUAACCCCGCUAAUAUAACCCGAGCAGCAGUUCACACUGACUCCAGACUGCCAGCAGCUCGCUCACAUUCCUCCCUUUUUGUUUCUGUCUCCCUUUAGUGGAAGAAACGGUGAUAAAAGAGAUCAAAAUGAACGAGAGUGAGCUCAGCUCCCCGAUAACGGAGUACGACUUCGAGCGGCGCUUCGACGAAAGACGAGCUCUGGAAUGGAUGCAGGAGAACUGGAACAAGUCGUUCAUGUUCUGUGGCCUGUAUGUCGCACUCGUGUUCGGCGGGCAGCACUUCAUGAGAGAAAGGCCGAAGCUGAACCUGCGACGCCCGUUAUUCCUGUGGUCGCUCAGCCUGGCCAUCUUCAGCAUCAUCGGAGCGGCGAGGACCGGACUGUACAUGCUGAACAUCCUCACAACCAGCGGCUUCAAGCAGUCGGUGUGUGACAGCGGCUUCUACAGCGCCCCCGUCAGCAAAUUCUGGGCCUACGCCUUCGUUCUCAGCAAGGCCCCCGAGCUUGGUGACACCGUGUUCAUCGUCCUCCGGAAGCAGCGCCUCAUCUUCCUGCACUGGUACCACCACAUCACCGUGCUGCUCUACUCCUGGUACUCCUACAAGGACCAGGUGGCGGGCGGCGGCUGGUUCAUGACCAUGAACUACUUGGUCCAUUCCCUCAUGUACACGUACUACGCAGCCCGGGCGGCCAGCGUGCGGGUGCCCCGUCCCUUCGCUAUGGUCAUCACAGCCACCCAGAUCAUGCAGAUGGUGAUGGGCCUCACCGUCCUGGGCCUGGUGUACCGCUGGAUGCACGAGGUGCGCUGUCCGUCCUACAUGGACAACAUCGUGUGGGGCUCUCUCAUGUAUCUCAGCUACUUGGUCCUUUUCGCCAUGUUCUUCUACAACACCUACCUCAGAGGCUCCUCUGGGGUCAAAGGCUUCUCCGGGGACAAGGGAUCCAAGGCAGAGUAGCGUGUCCGCGCUCGGCAGUCGUAUCGAAGUGUGCCAUAAGUAUAAUGACCGACGGUGAGGGGCCAUGAAUGUGUGUGAAGUUAACGGUUUGCUCGGCCCUCCUCUUUUUACCACAUUUACACUUGACUUUUUAUAGGAAUCUGUAGCUCAACAGUGAUUUGUCCGUGGAUGUAGAGCGGUAGGGAAGAGGAGGCUGAGCACAGAUUAAUAAGAGCUCAUGAUUAGAUGCAAGUACAGUACGGAAAUUAUGGUUGAAUUAGGGGGAAACCCAUGUUUGUGUUUUAAUAGCAUAGUUCUCAUUACAUUGAAAUUAUUGCCUUGGUUACUUAGACUCUUAACCAGUAUCCAAAAAAAAAAAACAGCCAUACGAGGGCCAAAUGUUGAUGAGAGGUGGUUUACAGGUGUUUGUGUUGUUAUGUUACGUUAAGGCUUUGCACUAGAGAAAACAAGCACUUGUGCGCUUUAAAUGGCUAAAAGAAUAGUUCAACAUCCACAUGAGAAGAGUGAGCAUUAGCUCAGCAUAAAGACUGGAAGCAGAUUACUUUCUUAAGUGCCCUACAACA